AUGAUGGUGCCUUGGAGGGCUGUCUUUGGCCUGGCUGUCUUUGCCCCGGGGAUUCUCGCUUUACGGGCAACCUCAGGCUCGCCUUGCACAAGUGCUUGCGGAACAACCUCGAAUACGACAUCCGAAGAAAUCGUCUGUAUGGAUGACCAAUAUAACACUACCAAAACCGGUGAAACCUUCCAGAGCUGUAUAUCAUGUCUCUUGCAGAGCGAUUUCCAAGACCAAGGCGCGGGAGAGACGGAUGUGAACUGGGGACUUUACAAUCUGCGAUACGCCUUUACAUCAUGUGUUUAUAAUUAUCCAGAGCCAGUGACGAAUGUUUCGACGCCUUGCCUCGUCUCCUGCACACCUCUCGGUCCAGCGCUUGACUUCCAAUUGACCAAUCCAGUCGGCAACUCACUUACCACAUUUUGCGGCGACACUGCUUUUGCUGAUAAUACCGUUUCGACAUGUGAAUUCUGCUAUUCCUUGACGUCCCAGCAAGCUUUCCUCGCCAACUUCUUGGAAUCAAUUCGAUACAAUUGCCACUUUUCAACUUCUGCUGGCGCUUCCUUUCCUCUCAGCCCAACGCGCAUCUUCAACCAAACAGAACUUCCAGAGACUACAACCGCCUAUACCUCCACGGCCACUUCGACAGGAACUUCAAACAUUCACAAGUUUUUGACCGUUAUCAUUGUUGUUCCCAUUGUUGGCUUCAUAAUAAUAGUCGCACUGACUGCUCUUUGCUGCAUCUGCCUCGUAAAACACCGCCGCAAAGCCGAGAAACGACGCAGAUACGGUUCUGGCGGUUUGCACGCUCGCUGGAAUGACACCACCAUAGGCACCCCCUGGCAAAAUACUUGGGGCGACAGCACGACUUCCCCCUAUCAGGGCCACAUGUUCAUGGCAGAUCCUUCGCAGCAAUACAUGAUGGGAGGAGCGGGCCAAUUCGCUGCUGUUCCUGGAAAUGGCUUCCAAGUGGUCGACCAUGACGGCAAGCAUUACGAGGCUGGUUACUCGACGCACUAUGUCUCUCCUGUGGAUUCUGACGGAUCGGUGAACCAAAACGCUUUCCCGUAUAGUGACAAUUCUCCCUAUCAAGGUUAUGCAACCCCACAACACGAGGCCGGGCUAUCCCAGCCUGCGGCGCAAAGUCUGUCGCAACAAGAGGCUGAACUGCAACACUACCAGCAGCAGCAAUAUCAACAGCAACAAUAUCAACAGCAACAACAACAGCGGCAGCAGCAGCAGCAGCAGAGCGUGAGCCAGCAAAAGCAACCUGAGCAAUCUAGCCAGGAAGUGUAUUUCCCACCGCCGCCAGGGCCGCAUGCUUCAUGA